AUGUUUCUAAUCGACUUUUUUGGUUGGGUCGGUGCACUGCGUGAGAACGUUCUCUUUUUGCUCAUAUAUCACACAUCAAUUGGCAUUAUUAUAUUCGCCGAAAUGUCGUUCAUCAUUUUAUUCACAAUUGAACAACAACAUUUCGCUACGAUAAUAAAUUACCGCGAUGACUUGGAUAUGCGUGAUUUCGUUGACUGGUCACAAUCCGCACUCGAGUGUUGUGGCCUCUGGAGUGCUGAUGAUUGGAAUGAGAAUGUUUACUUCAGCGAUGAAGCGGCACUGAAAAUUUACCAGUCACCCGAGGCUGGUGGUGUACCAUUCUCGUGUUGUAUCAAUAAGACUACAGCUGGGAUUAUCAAUAGGGCUUGUGGCUAUAACGCUCGGAAAGGAAAGGUCAAUCAUAUGUUCUAUUAA